CAGUUGUUUGGGUUUCAGCGGAGCGAGAGGUGAUUGCGGCAGCUGUACUCGACCAGAAGAGAGGAAACUCUGUACUUGAGCACGCAAGGAGUGUCCGGGCGCUUUCAUCGAAGGAUGGGCAUAUUUCGCGAGUUUCCUAUAGUUUUUAAUUUGUACAAGAAGUAUAGUUAGACGUCGAGGAGAAGCCGGGUCGGAGUUACGGGGAAGCCAAUGGCCGACAGGAACUCGAGGCUCGAAUAGGUGCAUGGAUUUUCGAAGGCGGAUUUUAAGGAGAGAUUCGCUGGCCCAGAACAUCAAGAAAUUUGGAAUCUCAUCUGCAGGCCACAGAGCAGACGACCGACCAAUCAAAGGACAGAGUUCUUGCCGCUGACCAAUCUGCGAUUAAGGACUGUGUAUGAUGGCCGUGCCACAGGCUGCGGACACUGCCUGCUCGGUGAAGCCGACACUAGUACGACGUGUUUCCGACAUGUUCAAAGACGGGAACUACAGCGGGCCGCCGUCGCUCUUCCGGCACUCGUCCAUGCAGAGGAUCCGCCAUUGCUGCCAGAACAUGAAUCUCUUUCCAUAUCUGCUCUACUCCUUCGGAAACUCGAAGUCCCAUCCGGUGGCGAAGAAGGUGAACGUCUGCUUCAGCUUCUUCCUGAAAGGCAUCACCGAGCGCAUCUUCUUCUUGAACAGUAGUCUGAAACAGCGUGUCCUAGAAGGACUCGGGACCGAAGCACUCUCUCCCAAGAAAUCGGGCCGGACCAGCCUAGAAAAAGUACCCCCUAAGUUCUCCAAAUUUGAGAAACAGGAACGCAAGCGAAUCUCCAUAGUUCUGACUCUAGGUGUGUACUUUGCUCUCUUGGUGUUGGCUUUUCAACUUGUGGGACUAUGCAGUCUGAUGCUAUAUCCAGAGAAGUACACGCCUGGAUUCAUAUUCCUGAUCUCGGCGCUGGUGGUACUUGCAGUGAUUUCUCUUAAAAUAAUGGUCCACGAUACCAUGGCCAAAGGGUACAAACGAGAGAAGAGGAAACUGCAAUGAUCGCCUGCUAAUUCUGGCUGUAUCGUUAUUCCACCUAGUAGUGUUCUAAGAUUCUGCUACUUUGACUUCGCGUUGAUCUUCAGUUUUGAAAGGACAUUCGGCAAUAAAUAACGUCUCUCCUGAA